AAUUUUAAGAACUCUUCAAGUACAAUAUAAAAGCACAUGUUGUGAACUUCCUUUAACUGAUCUUUGCUCAUCAUAACGUCAGUGAAGUGACAGGAAUCCGUUGUGAAAGAGAACUGGAGAAAAUCAAUAUUUUCUAAUUUAUAUCAGCAUCCAGUAAUGCAUAAAAUAUUUGUAGUCUUCCUUAUCUGCACAGCCAAGUAUGCAUUAACUAUACGUAUUCAAAAUUUACCAUGUUUUACUGAUGAAUCACAAAAGGAUUUGGAAGAUGCAAGAAAAGAACUUACAACACUAGACAAUAACCUUGAAAAGACUGUGGAGAUACUGGCGGAUGAGUUUCAGAAAACUCUCAAUAUCAUGAAAAACCAAUUGGUGGCAAUGAAAACCAACGUUAGUAAAAUAGUUAAAAAUGUGGAAAGUGACCUUAUUGUUAUCAAGAAAGACUUGAAAGAAGGUCAGUGGACGAAGUAUCAAGGCCAUUGUUAUUACUUUUCUCCAAAGGGUGCCCCCUGGUAUGAAGCCGAGCGACUUUGCAGGGAUUUUGGUGGAUAUCUUGUAAAGAUUGAUAACUCAACUGAGAAUGAAUGGUUACAUUCAAAUAGACCAAAUAAAGGUAGCGGAUACUGGAUAGGUCUAACGGACUUAAUUGAGGGUGAAUGGCGAUGGAGUGUAGACCAGUCACUUGCUACCUUUAAAACUUGGUAUAGUGGUUAUGGUUCCAAGGGACAUGCUUCUAAUUGCGUUUCUUUCGAUGGCAGCACAAGUACAUGGUUUGACACUAGCUGCAAAACCGGCUAUCGCUAUAUCUGUGAGAGAAACUUUUGUUAUUGAACAGAUUUGGUCUGAUGUCCGAGGACAGAUGUAUAAGUUGCUGCUCAAAGAUGAAUUGUUUAAUUUGAACUUCAAAUAAAGAAUAUAGAUUAAAGA